AUGAAUCCCACAACCGCCCUACCAAUUGUUCUCGGGUCAAUGACAAUUGGCAAGCCAAAUACGGCUCAUGUUCGCAUUGGUGAUAUUGAAGGCGCCAACAGCAUGCUCGACGUGUUCCAGAAGCAUGGACACAACAAAAUUGAUACCGCCCGCGUCUACGGUGCAGGCACAACGGAGCAGUAUCUUGCUGAGGCCAACUGGCACAAACGUGGGCUGGUAGUGGAUACCAAGCUGUACCCGACUGCACGACGGGAUAUGAAGUGGCUCACACCCGAAUUGUGGACUCACGAACCGAAGGAUGUGCGUCUUGGUCUGAUGGAAAGUUUAAAAGCCCUUCGAGCGGAGGAAGAUGGUGUAGAUUUGUUCUACCUCCAUGGCCCGGAUAGAUCGACGCGGAUUGAAGAGACGCUCGCUGAAGUCGACAAGCUAUAUCGGGAGGGACACUUUCAGCGUUUUGGUAUCUCCAACUUUCAAUCAUGGGAAGUGGCUCAAAUUUGUGAGAUCUGUGAAAAAUUCGGGUUCAUCAAGCCGACAACCUAUCAAGGGAUAUAUAACGCCUACCAGCGGUCUAUUGAGGCCGAACUUCUGCCUUGCCUCCGCCACUACGGAAUCGGACUUUAUGCGUUUCAGCCAUUGGCCGCAGGCCUCUUGACAUCGCGGUACCGGCGACACCAACCACUUGAAGAUUACGAAACUGGAUCAAGAUUCGACCCUAGGACAGAAAGCAAUCUUGUCUAUCAUAGCCGUUAUUUGACAGACCGCAAUUUCGACGCCCUAGACCUACUUCGUCCUCUUGCAAUGAAACAUGGUCUCAGUGAGGCGGAAUGCGCCUUACGUUGGAUAGUAAACCACAGCGCAUUGAAGAAAGAAUUCCAGGAUGCAGUUCUCAUCGGAGCCUCUAGUCCUUCUCAGCUGGAGCAGAACUUGCUUGACCUCGAAAAGGGUCCUUUACCAGAGGAAAUUGUGCAAGCAUUGGAUGAAGGGUGGAGACUUAUUUCAGGAACUUACAGAUACUGGCAUUAG